CAUCUGUCAAAUGGGACGAGAAACAAAAAGGAGUUCGUGCGUGAUUUCCAAAAAAAUUACAAUUUUGUCGUAAUUUCUCUGGUUUUGCAGUGAAAUUCGUUGAAAUAAUCAAUCAAGUGGAGUACUAUUGUUCUACUACUAACUAGUAAAUCGAAAAAUCCAUAGCACCGCCGGAAAAUGGAUUCGGAUUUGUACGACGAAUUCGGCAACUACAUCGGGCCGGAUUUGGAGAGCGACGAGGAUGACGAUCAAAGUUUGUACGGCCAACCGGACCAGCAGGACGAUCUGGAUCUGGACGAGGGCAUGGAGGAGGAAGCCGAACAGAGUGAGGAUCCGGCCACUUCUCGGGCGGUUGUGCUCCACGAGGACAAACGAUACUACCCAUCGGCGCUGGAGGUUUACGGCGAAGAAGUGGAAACCAUUGUGCAGGAAGAGGACGCUCAGCCGUUGGAUAAGCCGCUGAUCGAACCGGUCAAGAAGGUCAAGUUUCAGAUCAAGGAACAGGAACUGCCGGACACGACGUACAACAUGGAAUUCUUGGCUGAUUUGAUGGAUACGCCGACGCUUAUUCGGAACGUGGCUUUGAUAGGUCAUUUGCAUCACGGAAAGACGACCUUCGUUGAUUGCUUGGUGCGUCAGACGCAUCCCCAGUUCCAGGACAUGGACGAACGGAAUCUGCGCUACACGGACACUUUGUUCACGGAGCAGGAGCGCGGUGUGAGUAUCAAGGCCACACCCAUCACGCUGGUUCUUCCGGAUGUCAAGAGCAAAAGCUUUCUGAUCAACGUGUUCGACACUCCUGGGCACGUGAACUUCUCCGACGAGGUGACCGCGGCUAUGCGACUCUGUGACGGCGUGGUUCUCUUUGUGGACGCCGCCGAGGGUGUGUCCCUCAACACGGAACGCCUGCUGAAGCACGCCAUCCAGGAGAAGCUGGCCAUCACGGUUUGCAUCAACAAGAUCGAUCGGCUGAUGCUGGAACUGAAGCUCCCGCCGCAGGAUGCCUAUUUCAAGCUGAAGCACAUCGUCGAGGAGAUCAACGGCCUGCUGACGCUGUACGGGGAUGCCAACGUGAAGCAGGUUUCACCCAUCUUGGGUAACGUUUGCUUCGCCAGCUCGCUGUACGGUAUUUGCUUCACGCUGAAAUCGUUCGCUCGGCUGUACGCCGACACGUACGACGGUGUAAAUCCGGUCGAGUUUUCCCGUAGGCUGUGGGGCGACAUGUACUUCCACAAUAAGUCGCGCAAAUUCACCAAGAAGCCCCCGCACAGUUCGGCCCACCGUAGUUUCGUGGAGUUUAUUCUGGAACCGUUGUACAAGCUGUUCGCUCAGGUCGUCGGAGACGUGGACACCACCUUGGCAGACACCCUGGCCGAGCUGAACAUCCGCGUCACCAAGGAGGAGAUGAAGUGCAACAUUCGGCCACUGCUGCGAUUGAUCUGCAAUCGAUUCAUCGGUGACUUUUGCGGCUUCGUAGACAUGUGCGUGGAACACAUCCAGUCGCCGCUGGACAAUGCCCAGAACAAGAUCGACCACAUCUACACGGGGGUCAAGGAGAGCGGCAUCUAUCAGGACAUGAUGAACUGCGAUCAGAGCGCGCAGCUGAUGGUGCACACCUCGAAGAUGUACCCGACGGAGGAUUGCACCUUCUUCCAGGUGCUGGGACGGGUCAUGAGCGGCACAUUGCACGCCGGACAGGAAGUCCGAGUUCUGGGGGAGAACUACUCGCUGAUGGACGAGGAAGACUCGCGAACCUUGCAGGUGGGUCGCCUCUGGAUCUACGAAGCGAGGUACAAGGUGGAAUUGAAUCGAGUCCCGGCAGGGAACUGGGUUCUAAUUGAAGGAAUCGAUCAGUGCAUUGUGAAGACCUCGACCAUCACGGACGCCAACAUGAACGAGGACGUGUUCAUCUUCAGACCGCUGAAGUUCAACACCCAAAGCAUCAUCAAAAUCGCAGUCGAACCGGUCAAUCCUUCGGAACUGCCAAAGAUGUUGGACGGAUUGCGAAAGGUGAACAAAUCGUACCCUCUGCUGUCUACUAAAGUCGAGGAAUCGGGCGAGCAUGUCAUCCUGGGAACAGGCGAACUCUACCUGGACUGCGUGAUGCACGAUUUGCGCAAGAUGUACUCCGAGAUCGAUAUCAAGGUCGCAGAUCCGGUGGUGGCCUUCUGCGAGAGUGUGGUCGAGACCAGUUCGCUGAAAUGUUUCGCCGAAACUCCCAACAAAAAGAACAAAAUCACCAUGAUAGCUGAACCCCUGGAAAAGGGUCUGGGCGAGGACAUUGAGAACGAAACGGUUUCCAUCGGUUGGAACAAGAAAAAGCUCGGAGAGUUCUUCCAGAUCAAUUACGACUGGGAUUUGCUGGCUGCUCGGUCGAUUUGGGCCUUCGGGCCGGACAACACCGGUCCCAACAUCCUCGUGGAUGACACACUUCCAUUCGAAGUGGACAAAACCCUGCUCGGAUCGGUGAAGGAUUCCAUCAUUCAAGGCUUCCAGUGGGGCACCCGAGAAGGUCCCCUCUGCGAAGAACCAAUCCGGAACGUCAAAUUCAAAAUUCUCGACGCCGUCAUCGCUCAGGAACCUCUGCACCGAGGAGGUGGUCAAAUCAUCCCAACAGCCCGUCGAGUUGCCUACUCGGCUUUCCUUCUCGCCACCCCUCGCCUCUGCGAACCAUACCUCUUCGUCGAAGUACAAGCCCCCGCCGAUUGCGUCUCCUCAGUGUAUUCCGUCCUCGCCAGACGGCGAGGUCAUGUCACUCAGGACGCGCCCGUUCCCGGAUCCCCCCUCUACACCAUCAAAGCGUUCAUCCCGGCCAUCGACUCCUUCGGCUUCGAAACCGACCUCCGGACGCACACCCAAGGUCAGGCCUUCUGCCUAUCGGUGUUCCACCACUGGCAGAUCGUUCCGGGCGAUCCGCUGGACAAGAGCAUCGUCAUCCGGCCGCUGGAACCGCAACCGGCCACCCAUCUGGCUCGGGAGUUCAUGAUCAAAACCCGCCGGAGGAAGGGUCUCUCCGAGGACGUGUCCAUCAACAAGUUCUUCGACGAUCCCAUGUUGCUGGAACUGGCCCGACAGGACGUGCUACUCAACUAUCCCAUCUAAGAGAACGAGAGAGAGACCGGGGUGAGUAUUUCGGACCUUUUACAGUAAUACAAUGUUCUAGCGUUUAAUGUGACCCACUAUCAACGA